AUGCUAGAUCUUACACAGUGUAGAGUGCCAUCUAUAUUCGCUUACAUGUUGCAUCAUUCAACAUGGAAAGCAUUGUAUCCUACGAAGUCGAGCUAUGACUUCGCUUCGAGCAGUGGAACCUGGGGUAAUUCAUCAUUACCCAACCCACUUAAUAAUCCCUUAACCAUCGAAUUCAAGAUCUGGGAGAGUCAGGACUCUGGAACUAUCUCCCGAGGAUGGCAAAUGGGGCUCGGAUUCUCGUCAAAUGUCAAAGGAAAGUUAUUCACAAAUGCAUAUGCAUAUGUGUAUGAUCAAAUGCGUGAGGUGGAAGGGAGAUUUUGA